AAUUAUUUCAUCCCCUCUCGUCUACGCAGUGUUUGAACGUGUCACCGAGCUGGAUGGCAGGUUUAGGGUGGAGUGCAACAGAAAAGGCACUGGCUCCUGAAAAGUGCGAGGAAUUGGUUCUGAGACAUCAUCUUCCUCGCUGUGGGCAUUGCAAAGCAGUAGAUUUGGCCAGUGAAAACAAGAAAGGAGGUGCAAAAUUAAUGAAGACACAUUUCUCCUUCUACUCUUCAUCCUCUGAAGAUGAGGAUGAAGAUCUUGUGACAGAGAAAACAAGUGAGAAGGAAGAAUAUGUAGAGGAAUGGCCUUCAUUACGCAAGAAUGAAGCCUCCUCCAGUGCUGUACGCCUGCCUAGAACAACGCAGGUGGUGUUUGACUUUCAGUCUGGGAAAGUCAUACCUCGGCUCCGAGAGCCGCGCCGUCUUUACGGGGUGACCGGACCAGGACCUCAUUCUCUCUCCCGCUGGCCUCAGGAAUGUGAGGUCAUUCCAGAGGAAAUACAUCACAUCGAGUGGGCACCACCAGUCCCUGAACCCUUAUGUGUACCAGGAAAUCCAAAGGAAGUGGUGCAAAUGGCCGAGGAAGAGGGCACACUGGUCUAUACAGCAGAUGAAGCAAGCAAGGAGCCUUGUUUUUCACGAUCCCGGGCUGGCGGUAGCCGUACUCCUUUGAAGGUGGCUGCUGUGAUUCUCUCGGGGCCGGCUGACACUACCUUGGUGUUUGAGGCUCGCUUUGAGAGUGGCAACCUGCUGAGGGCUGUCAAAGUAGGCGAAUGUGAUUAUGAACUCACCCUCAGAACCGACCUUUAUACUGAGAAGCAUACACAGUGGUUCUACUUCCGAGUCAGUAAUACAAUGGCAGGUGUCCGUUAUCGGUUCACAAUUACCAAUCUCCUGAAGGCUACCAGUCUGUACAAAAAAGGACAGCGCCCCCUGCUAUACUCCGAGAAAGAAGCACAGAAGCAAAGGGUGGGCUGGCACCGUAUUGGAGAAGAGGUGUCCUACUACCGCAAUGGGAGACAGCAAUCACUUCAUCCCUGCUACUCACUGAGUUGGACUUUCUCGUUCCCCCAUGAUAGAGAUACUUGUUACUUUGCGCACUGCUACCCCUACACCUACUCCAACCUACGAACAUAUCUCUCCGAGAUUGAGCAGGAUCCUGUGCGUUCCCAGUUCUGUAAAAUAAGGAUGCUGUGUCGCUCACUGGCUGGUAACCUGGUCCCAGUGCUUACUGUAACAAAUCCAGCCACGAGGGAACAGGAAGGAGUUAGGAAGCCAGCAAUAGUGGUGACUGCUCGCAUUCAUCCUGGAGAGACCAAUAGUUCUUGGGUGAUGAAGGGCAUCCUUGAUUUUCUUCUGGGGAACUCUGAAGAUGCUGCACUUCUGAGAGACACUUUUGUCUUUAAACUGGUGCCGAUGUUAAACCCUGAUGGGGUUAUUGUUGGUAACUACCGAUGCUCCUUGACAGGCCGGGACUUGAAUCGCAACUACAGGUCCAUCUUGAGAGAUUUCUUCCCCACAUUGUGGGCUACCAAGAACAUGAUACAGCGGCUUUGUGAGGAGCGCAAGGUGCUGCUGUACUGUGAUCUACACGGGCACAGCCGCAAACACAAUGCCUUCAUCUAUGGCUGUGAGAGAACACGCUUCCCCGAAAAACAACAACAUGAGCGAAUCUUCCCUCUCAUGUUGAGCAAGAAUUGUCCCAACAUGUUCUCCUUUCAGAGCUGCAAGUUCAAAGUGCAGCGCAAGAAGGAAGGAACAGGCCGUGUUGCCCUAUGGAGAAUGGGGGUCCCUAACAGCUUCACUUUGGAGACCUCCUUCUGUGGUUCUGACAUGGGUGACAGGAAGGGAACCCAUUUCAGCAUAUCUGACCUGGAGGCACUUGGGUUUCAAUUCUGUGACACACUGCUGGAUUACUAUGAUCCUGACAGGACCAAGUACAUGCUUUGCCUCAGAGAGCUACAGGACAUGAUGAAACUUGAAGCCUUACUGCUUGUUGACAUGCUGAACAGGCAUGGAGAGUCAAAGAUCUCUCUCAGUGACCAUGAAGUAUUAGUGGCUCAAACAGUUCAGAUUCCAAUGAACCACCUGCUCACCUCCAUGACUUUGCCAGCAAGCUUAAGCCAUGUAAAAAGUACUUGAAGUCAAAGAAAGAGAGGAACAAAUCUAGCCUUUUCAGAUUCAAAGAUGAAAACUUAAAAAGAGCUGCAAGAGAACCU